GAGUGCAAACUCCAAAGUCAGAACUUUUUUUUUUUUUUUUUUUCUUUUCUUUUCUUCUCGUGUGCGAAUACGAAGUUAGAACUGGGUCAACAUAUCGUCAUAAUAACUCACUUUCAGGUCGUCGCACACUUUCCCCUCCAAUCAUCGUCACCAUCUCUCUCUCUCUCUCUCUCUCUCUUAAAUCGAUCAUUCCUUAUGGGUUAUUUUGGAGUUGAAGAGCUGCACGGCAUAGAUAGCAUACCUUGGCGUUGUUGGACUUGAAAAACCCUAGUUAGGUCUUUUGAUGUGUGGGAAAACACUAGACAGGGAUGAUGGACUUUUUUCUUGACUUCGAAUUCGUAGUUGCAGAAUUCGGUUGGUAUUUCUUUGAAGCUUUCAACUUUGUCGCUGAAGAAUUUGUCGCACUCUGUCUGCUCAUCGCCUAUAUAGUUGAAGAGUUCAUUGGGUCCUUUUACCAAUUUUUGAUCGCUUAGGUUCCUUGGAACUCAAAAAAAUUUAUUUAGCUCGCGUAUCUAUAUUAUUUCGCUUCUGCAUUUGUGACGAUGGCAAAACAUGGCGUUUAGCGAACUCGGUUGGGGGUUAGCUAUCUGAGAAUUCUGGCGAUUAGAAGGAAGAUUGGGAGUGCCGGUGGUGGUUCUAAGACAUGGGUAUUUGUUAGGAUUAGUUGCAGAAUAUAAUAGAAACUUUAUUAUUAUUUUAUAAAUUUGUCUAAAUCUCCAUGGGUUCAAUUCAAAACAUGGUACAUUACUGCUCUGUAUCGAAGGGAAAUAGGAUUUUGUAUUCAUAUAGUGGAGGAGACCAUGAAAUUGAGAAUUUGGCUGCCUCGUGCUUGGACAGGACUCCUCCAUUCCACAAAUGGUAUUUUCAGACAAUGGGUAAGAAGACUUUUGGGUUUUUGAUAGAAGAAGAUGGGUAUGUUUAUUUCUCAAUUGUGGACGAGGGUUUUGGGAACAGGGGAGUUCUUAAGUUUCUGGAACAUGUGAGAGACGAAUUCAAGAAGCUAGCUAAGAAGGGUCCAAAUCGGAGUUUGUCGGGUCUGAACUCAAUCUGCAUACAAGAACAGUUGGUGCCUGUAAUUCGCCACUUGAUUACCUCAUUGGAGCAUGUCUCCCAAGCAGGUGGCAGUUGGAUGGCUGAAACUCCACCUUCACAGGAUGCUGACCAUUCUCCUUCACCAGGUAAUCAUACAAAUGGGCAAAUUGAAGUGGCAAUUUCUACCAAAGCCCCUUUGUUGGGAAAGUCUAGCAAGCAAGAGAAGAGGAAGAUGAAGGAUCACGUUAUUUUAGAUGUUGAGUUGGAGGAGCACCGAAGGUCUACUGAUAGGGGUGUUAGAGUUGAUUCGGGAACUCUGGAUUCUGCUAACCAGAGUGGGGUGCUUUCCUCAGUUUCAUUACAGAAGGAUUUGGGUUCAAUGAGGAUUAGGUCAGGUCCUCAAGGCAUUCGGAAGAAAUGGUGCCGCCUUGUACGGAUUGUUCUUGCCAUUGAUGCAGCUAUAUGCUUGAUACUGUUUGUGAUUUGGUUGGCAAUUUGUUACAGUAUUGGUUGCAUCCGGUGAAAAGCUUCUCCUGUGCUUGAUUCUGAGCUUGAUGAUUGAAUCCAAAUUGGAGCCAGAAAAUUCAAAUCAUUAUUUUUUUUUUGGGAGGGGCAACUCUUUGCAGAGAGAUGAAUGAAUUAGAAUAAUGCAUCAAUGCUCUCAAUCUUAAACAUAAAUUCCAAGGUAUGUGCUUCAAAAGAAGUCCAUGGCAUUAUAUGUAAGAAGUUCUCUGUACAGUUUUUAUAGCUUUCCUUUAAAUGCACAUGAACAGCUGAGUUCCUAGAAAUAUGAAGUCUUUUGGUGGUUGUGUUACUGUGCCAAUUCCUGCAGUUACAGUAUGUGUAAUUUCUUGUUGCAAUUCAAAUUUGAAAUUUGACUUUGGUUA